UGACAGUCCACCCAAGACACCUGGCUAAUGAUAGCUUUUCGUUUUUUCCGGUGUUUUGCUUUUCUCUCCCAAACCUCAUAACCAGAGCGUUCCUUUCCUCAUCCAAAUACAUCAACGAAGAUGCCUCCGCGAGGUUUUACAAACCCAGCUCCGAAGACGGAGUCCGCCCGCUCUGCACUGAGCUCCUUCACCUGCUCCCUUUGCAACAAAUCCUACUCCCGCCAUCCCGAAUACGAAGCCCACAUCUCCUCAUACGAUCACCAACACCGCAAACGUCUACAAGAACUGAAACAACUGUCGCGCGACCCCAACGCCGCAGAGAAAGCCAGGCGGGCUGAGAAAAAGGCUGACGCAGAGGCCGGGCUGAGGGUGAUCGACACGAACAAGAGUGGCGUAGCGACUGGAGCUGCAGCCCGUCCCGCACCUUCGGGAGGUGGUAGCGGUGGUGGAUUCAAAAAGGGGGGAUUCAAGAGUUCCUUUACGACUGUCAAAGCGCCCGUCCCGCCCUCCGCGCCGACGAAGAAAAACGUCCUAGGAGAAGAUGACGAUGACAGCCCUGGGGCUGAUGAGGUAGAUGUGCCUGCGCGGAACUCGCCUGUCAGAGACGUGAAAAUGCGACAGGAUACCGAGGAGAGCGACACUGACGAAGAGUACGCGAAUGAUACCAUGGGCGGUGGCUACUAUAAUCCUCGACAUCCAACGGGGUGUUUUGUCAACUGUGGUGGUGCUGGAAAUGCCGAGUCUGUACCUGCCAGAGUGUGAUUUACGGGUUUGCCCUUUGUAUAUUGUUGAUGGUUAUGUAUUCAUGAUGGGACCUUUGAAUUGGCGGUGUUAGGCGGGAUAAGGCGUUUGCGGUAAGUCCAACAUGGUUGAAGCAUUUGGCAAUAUGAAGAC